GUGCGUUUCAAGCUGGUUAUCAGCUACCUGAUGGCUGUAGCGAGGCGCAUGCGCAGGUUGGGGGUGGGCAAAGGAAAGCGGGCUAGUUGUCAGAAGUUACCUGUGUUUGCAGCAGCUUCCUUGUCGGUGGAGUGUGUCCGCACAGGGAGGAGGACCGAACGGCUUGUCUGAACGUUCGUAUUUCCGGUGCAUCCAAACGCAUGUGGUGACCACGGAGGUCCACGCUCCACCGCCAUCUUCUUCUGGUCUUCCUACAGUACAACAAGUGAUUACUUCAAGUGAAAUUUUAACAAUAGUAGCCACUUCUACGAGAACUACCGAUCAUAUCCCCAAUCGUGACUGAUUUACAAAGAAUGGACAAAGAAAGAAAGAAGAGGACUGAGAGUAUAUUAAACCUCACCCUGGAGAUCAUCUACCUGCUGACCGGAGAGGAUUACAAAGUAGUGAAGAAGACAUCUUGGGAGUAUGUGACGGAUAGCAACCUUUCCUGUUCUUCAAGAGAAUGGGUCAAGAGGCAAAGUGCUGUCAUGGAAUCCUCACCUGCCUCCAUGAUAACUGAGAAAAACAAGGACAAGAAGAUUCUCGGGGUCAUUAACAAGAUCAUUGAGCUGCUGACGGGAGAGGUUCCUUCAAGGUGUCAGGAUGUCACUGUCUUUGCUUCUAUGAAGGAAUGUUUAGAAGGACCCGAGGAUCUCUACAAGGACGUCAUGAUGGAGAACCGGCCGCCCCUCACAUCUCCGGAUGGAUCCAGUAAGAGAAAUUCCCCAGAGAGACGUCCCCGACCUCUGUAUUCCGAGGACUCCACACAUACAGGCACCCGAGCCACUCAGACAGAUGUCAGAGUUCAGGACAAAGAAGGAGAUUUAAGGAUUAAAGAGGAGGACGUUCCAUUGGAGAUCAGCACAGAUGGAAGAUAUAAAGCAUGUGCCACUCAGAAGCGUCCUCUGAUCUCCGUCCCUGGUGCAAGUAAUGAUGAUUUUCCUAUAGACUCCAUAGAACAAAACCCCAUAAUUCCAAACGUCAGUUCAGUACUUCGUUUUGCCAAUCUGUCACCUGAUCCACAUGGUGGGAGUUUUUCCGAUCAGUCGCGGGCUGCUGCCCAUCGUUCAGCUUGUGACACUCUAGUAACAGAUGACAAAAUGGAGGAAGAUGAGGAGGAGGAGGAAGAAGUACAUGUAAUGAUUAAGGAGGAGAAUACGUCUCCAGGGAUCAGCACAGGUGGUGAAACCGAAGAUGAUGGUAUCGCACCGAGUUCCUCCAAAGAAAAUUUGGAUCAUCCAGUACUUCACAGCGCAGAUCCGUCAUCUGAUUCCUCUACAUUUUCCAGAUUACCUGAUCUCCCCGACUCCAUCAAUCGUCGCAAAGGGGCUAAAACCUAUGUGUGUUCGGAUUGUGGCCAGUCUUUUCCUGAGAGGAUAGAACUGGUUAUACACCGCAAAUGUCACAAAGUGGAGAAGCCGUACGCGUGCCCCGAGUGCGGGAAAUGUUAUAGCCAGAGAGCGCUGCUUAAUAGGCACCAGAAAGCACACUCCGGAGUGAAGCCUUACUCUUGUCCUGUAUGCGGGAAGGCUUUCUCGCAGAGCCAGUAUCUUGUCCUACAUCAGAGAUCUCACACAGGUGAGAAGCCAUACGCCUGCCUUGAAUGUGGAAAAUGCUUUUUCCGGAGUGAUCACCUUAUCAGACACAAGAGGUUUCACACGGGGGAGAAGCCAUAUUCCUGCGCGGAAUGCGGGAAGUGUUUCGCUGUGCGGUUUUGUCUCACGGAACACGAGAGGAUCCACACCGGCGAACGCCCGUAUUCAUGCACCGAGUGCGGGAGAGGCUUUACUAGUAGAUCCAACUUAGCCAGCCAUGCAAGAGUCCACACGGGCCAUCACCCAUAUUCAUGUUCCGAAUGUGGCAAACGCUUUUCAAAAAAAUCUUACCUGAUGACGCAUCUCAGCUCCCACGGGGGACAAGAAGCACCCAUAUCGGAAUUCGACACCUGAGUAUGGAAGAUGAUGAUUGUAAAUUUAGCCCGGUCCUGCAGGGUUCAGGUUUUCAUGUUAUUACCCAUGCUGAAAUUGCCUCUUACCUUUGUGCUUUCAGCUGCAUGUUGGUAGGCAGUAGUCUCAUUAGGGCAGGCCAAUAAAUAUAACAGAAAUUGGUUUCUCAUUUGCUUCCUAGGCAGCGGACACUAUAGUUUAUUGUAAUUCAACUAGAUCUGUUGUGUAGUGAAGCUUACGCUCUACUUUCUUAUCAAAAGAAAUGAUGCUUAUUCCUUCGAAUGCAGAAUUUUAUUAUAUAGGUGGCCCCAACAGGUUUACAUCCCCCUCCUCCCUUUAGUUCCACCACUGCUUUGUUUAGUGCUUCCAGAUAUGGAGGGGCACGUGACAUACCGGUAAUUGGUAGCCUAGGCACUCGGCACUGCCACAUUGGAGGGUGUGCCACAUUGGAGGGUGUUCUAAUACCUUUGGAAGGGCUUCCUUUCUGUUUUUUUUUGCUGCAGAACCAUGAGGAUUUGUUUCAUCUUUGUGUAUCACCUGAGGCCAGUCACUUCACUGGGUGUAUGUAAGGGUUUACAACCACUUUUAAGGGUGUGUUACUUGUCCAAAAGGAGAAGGACCUUACCCUGGUGCACACCACGGCUCCUUGGUCCACCUAGCCAAAAGUCCUGGCCGACCAAACCCUCCCCCUCCUCAUGGUCAGCUGAAGGUGACCAGCGAGUACUAGGUGAGGUGCUCUCCCAAAGAGACUUUGGGUUCAAGGAACCUAAUGGCCACACACCUCCAGGGUAGGCUUAAGGACCUACACCCUCCAUUAUAGUGAUAAAAGGAAAUGCAGACAAAACCUGAAGACAAAAUUAAAUAAGUGCCCUUACAUAGGCUACGCCCUGAAGCCGGGUAACCAAAAUUGCCCCUAACUU